GCAUGCGCAUUAGGUGAGAACUACCUCUUGUUGUGGCCUUAGUACUCGAUAUCUUGUACUGUACUGCAUGCCAUGCUAGUGUGCUUAAUACAUGGCUAGCAUUGAGGAUUUCAGUCACAAGUUCUCCUGGGAUGGAGGAGGCAAGGAAGUAUUUGUUUGUGGUAGCUUCAAUGGCUGGGAGAAGAUUUCAAUGGCUAAAAGUUGUUCCAAGUUGGGUGUGUUUACCGCCACUGUACCUCUAUCUGAAGGGAGACACGAGUACAAGUUUGUGGUAGAUGGAGAAUGGAUGCUUGAUGUCAAUCAGGAGCGAUCGACUAAUGACAGUGGAGCUCUUAACAAUGUGUGCUGGAUACCUGAAGUGUCUAGUGCAGUGUCUAGUGCAAUGUCUCAAGAUAGUCAUGCCUCUUCCGAGGACAUCCACUUUAUGACCAUUGAUACAAAAGACCCACAGGAACAGGAUUCAGAGAAAGAAAAACCACUAUUAAAAAAGAAAAACACAGCAAAAGUGUUUGUUGGAUCUAUACCGAAGUUUGUGACUGAUAAUCAGCUAAUGAAUCAUUUUUCGUCAUUCAAAGCGAAUAUAGUCGGGUUUGAUAUAAUCAAAGACAAAGAGAGCGGAAAGUCAAAAGGAUUUGGCUUUAUUACUUUCUCGGAUCGAAGCUCGGCUGAGGCGGCUAUCAAACAAAUGGCUAAAACUCUCCUGCUGAACAAGUAUUCAAUUAAAGUAAAUUUGGCCAGACAGCCCAGCAAUAGCGAGAAAUCAACCCCACAUAUUCAUGUGCCAGCCACUCCCCCAUACAACACCAAACAGCAGUUUACUGUGAAGCUUACAUGUCUUCCUCGAAGCCUAACUAACGAACAAUUGGUUGAACGUCUUAGAAUAUUUGGUGAACUGCCUCAACCGCCCAAAAUCUUUGACGUAAAGAAUCGAUAUGCAUUGGCACAAUACAGCACCCUUAUGGCUGCAGAGAAAGCUGUACAUGGUCUUGAUAAGAAGGUACUAGAUGGUUGCACCAUAAAUGUAUCACUGAAGGGAGGUCAAUUCAUCAAGCCCUCUGUACCUCAAGCCCCCACGCCUUCUUUCGCUCUUGGCAGUCAGCGGACAGUCUCAUUAGACCAUGUGGACUCUCUUGUUUCUGCUGAAGAACUAAAAACAAUGGUUGGGGUAUCAGGGGUUAAAGUCGAGCGGCUGACGUCACCUCCUUCGAGAGUUAUGCUGUAUCUCCCCAGUAAUGAAGAUGCACACAAUGUUGUAAAGCGACUGAAUGGAAUGUCUCGUUAUGGUAAAGCCAUCCAGGCCAAUGUAAUCACCUCAGGAAGAACAGUGAAUAAAGAAGUAAAGAUUCCAUUUGAUCAUCAACACAGUGUGCCUACUCUAGCAGCGAAUACACCAUACCUUCAAGAGAUCAUACCUCCUUCCUCAAUGUCGUUUCCCCCACCAUCAGUGACGGUGCCUACUUCCCUGCAAUCUUCUAGAAUCACACACCCACACCCUCCAGGAUCAGAAUCCAGUCUCACACUCUCCCCAGCUGACUGGAAUCGUCUGAUGAUUGCUGGACCUUCAGGUCGAAUGCUUUAUCAGGAUGUUAUUGAGCCGUACAAGACCAACCCAGGUAUACACAUCAGGGAGGACAUGAUUAGUCGAACCAUAUUCUUCACUGGAUCGCCCGAAGCCAUAGCCAGUGCUUACAGUAGAGUGACUGGCGAGGUGUACCGGGAGCUCACCAUACAGGACAGGAACAAAAAGACUUCUCUGGUUGUUCUCAGACAAGACCUACCAGGCAUGCUCCAGCAGAAGUACAAUGUAAGGCUAACGGGCUAUGAUGAGUCGUCUGCUUUCAUUGGACUUGUGGGCGACAACAGAAAUCUUCAAUUUGCUAGGCAGGAACUGGAAUCAGCCCUGGGUGAUAUCGAAACUUUGGAAUUGAAUAUCAGUCUUGCACAACCGCUUCUUAGAUCAGCUAAAGAGAGAUUCUGUAUUGAAAAUCUACAAGUGUGUAUUUUCUCUCAUGAUACAAGACCUAGUGUUGUCCUAUACUCCCUGUCCAAAUCUAGUACUGAGAUCGCUAGUUUUGCCCUUAAACAAGGAUUGUUCACUGAGAACAUUACCAAUAUAUCAAGCGAGGUAUGCGAUGAACUCAUCUCAACAUUGAACGCACCAUUCGUGGACAUAGAACAAAAGGAAUCCAAUGUUUUAGUUAAGAGUUACUUGCAACAGGAAUGUGCAAGUGUAUGUACUGCCCUAAGGGAACGAAUGGAAACAGCUACCUCUCAGAAAAUCCCUGUUCAAUGCUCUCCUGAGGAAACUGCAUACCUUAUCUACCUACACAAGACAGACCACAAAGCACGAGAACAAUUAUCCUCUCUUUCUGCAGAGUUUGUUGUAAGAAAAAGCACAGUAUUCCUUAAAGGAAAUCCCCAAGCUAUUCAAACAGGACAGGCACUGAUCAGGGGCGAUUUUCUCUCUCAAGUCUCCACUCGCCGCUUUGUCUAUCAAAACAGAAGAUUUGUAUCGCAAAUUAAAGAUGUGGUUUUGAAGCCUGUGUCAGAUGAAGUGAUAUGGAUAAUACAGGAGCAAAAAGCCCCUGCUCGUAAACAACGGUCACGAUCUGAAGAAGAUGAAACAGAGAUUAGCGUGAUCGUCUGUAGCAAGCAUCGCGAGGUGUUUCAGACUGUGUGCUCGUGUUUAGAGCAAGUUGAAAGUUCUCAUAGGAAACUAACUCUACGCAAGGGAGCAGCAAGGUCGAUCAGGCUUAAUGAGAUCAAAUCUGAGCUUGAGAUGAGUUAUCGUGUUAGAAUCAUCAACCGUGAUGAUUUUUUGAUGAUCCAUGGUCUCACAAAGAAUGAAGUUUGUGAUUGUGCAGCUGAGAUACUAGACAAAGUUGACAGCUGUCAUGAGAUAACCAAAUUCAUUCCCCUCACCACCCACCAACAGCUCUUUAUAAGACACAAGCAAGACUUCGAAGAACUUAAGGAAGAUUGUAAUGAACUGCGUAUCGUAAGAUCAAAGAGUGAGUCUGAACCAUUCUCAAUUCUCAUCAGGGGUCCAAUUAAGAGUGUGGAGCCAGUGUACGAAAAAUUGGUAGGAAUCAGAAACAGUAUCACCACUGGCAAAUUCGAAGUUAACUAUGAGAGCAAAUACUACCAUAUGUGGAAAAGACGGUGGGAUCAAAUCAAGAAAGACAAGGAAAGAACUUGUAACAUUGUCAUAGACAUUAUUAGUAAGGAAGCCAGACAACAAUCAAUUCCGAAGGAUGAAGUAACUACAACCACUAUCUAUGUUGUGGGUGAGGAAUCUGAAGUCUUUCAAAUUGGAGAAGAGAUCUCGCAAACAGCCACUAUCACAAAAACUAUUCCGCUCACGCCUAUUGCAGCCAACACCCUCAGAAAAGAUAAAAAAGAAUUUCUGUGGCCAUUAGCCGUGUACUUCUAUAUAAAAUGUCAAUCUACCAUCUUUGAGGCUGAGUUAACUGCUCCUGAGGACUGCAGUGAAGAACUAGACACAGCUGAGGAGGAAAUACAGAAGUUCCUUGGAGAGUGCACCAUGACCAGCAAGAUCCUUACCAGCAAUAAUGAGGUUGUUGGUCUAGUACUGAACUCACACUUUAAGUACACUACGUACCUUUCGCAUGCUAACAGCAUUGCUCGGAAUUGUAGAAUCAAAGUUUACCCCCUCAAGAAGCCUCAGAGUGGCCUAAAGCUGAGUGGCACUCCAGCAGCCAUUCUUGUUGCUGAACAACCACUGAUAACGCAAGUGAUUCAACCAAUCGAAUCGAGUGUCGGACAAGAGCAGCUAACAGUCAAACCCAUGUUUCGAUCGGUGUUUUCAACCUCCAACUUUUUGCAGUUUACAUAUAAACUUCAAGAGGAGUUAUGUGUGGUGUGUACGUACCCAAGAUCAACUAGGCCUGAUCAGCCUAACCCUCCUGCUACUCUUGCACCCAAAAUAUGUGACCCUUCAUCUGGCCAGCAGGAAGUGUGUGUAACCCUGCGUGGACCUAGGGACUCUCUGGAGGCUGCCAAAACCAAACUUAAAAAGAAACUAGACAGCUAUAUGCAGACAGAGGACAUUAACAUUAGGUUUGCCUUAUCUCAUCAAUUUUCCAGCAAGCUUGAGAAUGUUGCUCUCAAGCACCAAGUUGGUUUCAGUGUCACUGAGAGCCAGGUUGGGUCUAAAAAACAGAGUUUGGUAACCCUGGAGGGUAUCAAUAGUGAUGUGCAAGUUGUGGUGAAGACAGUACAGCAACUCAUCAUCGACCAUCAACUGGAACGUGCUGACGCAGAGAUCUCCACUCCACCUGAAUGGCAAGACCAAAAUCUAACCACAGAGGUGUUCCCAGUGUCACCGAAAACUCCCGAAUGGACCAGGGUGGAGCAAAAAUUUCAAGCUACGCUGUCUACUAGUCGUAUUGUAUCUAUUUCAAGGAUCCAAAAUACCUGGUUGUGGGAAGCCUAUUGUGCCCACAAGAAGAGGUUGCAUCUGAAGAACAAUGGAAAUGUCAAUGAAAAAGAGCUUUUUCAUGGUACCCGCAGCAACGAUCCUAAACUCAUUUAUGAAGGAGAGAAUGGGUUCGACAUGAGGUACAGUAACCAGGGAAUGUGGGGAACAGCCAAUUACUUCGCAGUCAAUGCAAGCUAUUCUAACAACUAUUCCUACACUACAUACGAUGGUUGUAAAGAAAUUUUUUUCGUCAAAGUUCUCACUGGAGAUAGCUACAGAUGUGUUUCAAAUGGGAGCCUUCGUAAGCCGCCUCAAAAACCACGUGGAUCUGCGGGUGGAAAAGUACACUUUACUAAUAUGGAUUACGACUCUGUGACUGGUGACACAAACGGAUCUCAAGUGUUCAUGACAUAUGAUAACGACAAGGCUUAUCCAGCUUAUCUGAUCAAAUACCAGUAACUAAUUGCAGAUUAUAUAUAAUAUGUAGAAUCUGGCAUUUAUUCUGAAUGUGUAUAUAAUUAUACUAUAAAAUUACGAUUGAUUUUGUGAUGUGAAGUUAUUAUUUUAUUAUUACAGGAUUAGCGAGGUUCUACUGUAUGUACACGUCAUAUAAUUUAUGUAUAAAGUAUUAUGACUGCUCAUAAUUAUAUGUAAUGACAGUAUAAUUAUUCACUAACGUA